CUUCCUCUUUAUCUUUGAUUACAAUGCUGAUGUUUGUGACGGUGGUUAUACUAACAUAUGAACAGAUCUCAUUUUCUCCAAGUUCCUGGUUUCUUUAAGGAAUAAAAAGAUCAACCGUUAUCAACAGUUUGCCACCGAACUCACAAACUCCAGCUGAGGACAGGUAAGACACAAGCUGAGCAUAGAAGAAGACAUGGUGUCCACUGGAGCUACAGUGAUGGUGAUCAUGUUGAUCACUGUCUGUGUGCAGGCUACAUCUGCAGACAAUCGCAUGUGUUGCCGCAGUUACACUAAAACCAAAAUCCCAUUUGCUGCAAUCAAGGGUUACUCAAUCCAGACUACUCCAGCGUGUCCUAUUAAUGCCAUCAUUUUCCAUACAAAGAAGGGAAAGCACCUAUGUGUCAAUCUUGCUUCGGGCUGGUUGAUGAACUACAUCAAUCGUUUAAGGACAAAAGCAAGAGCGGCUCACAUCAAGACAUCAGUGUAGCAGACGUCCAUCCCAGCUCUGUCUGCUGUCCUUUUAUUGUUUAUUCAACUUUAUUUCAAGUUUUGUUGAAGAUGUGUGAUUGUGCAGUUCAGCAACCAGCUUGGUUGGCUGGACACUCGCUGAAUACUUUGUAUACGUUUUUUGAAUAGAUGUUGUAAAAAGUAUUUGCACUUGUUGUAAAAAAAAAAGAAAAAGAAAAGUUAAUAGCAUUGGCAGAAAUAAAUAA